AUGACUUGGUGGAUUCUUAUUCCACUAUGGCUGUGUAGCGGAAAAGUUGAGCUUGUUGAGAUUGAUGGAAAUUCGACGACAACUACGACUACGACUACGGCUAUGGCUACGGAUACAACUACAACAACGACAACGACAACGACAAGCACAUCUACCGAGGAAAAGACGACAACUUUAGCAGCUGCUCCGAAAGAUGCGCCUACACGAAUACGUUUUAGUUUUGAUCCAGCACAGGUUAUUGUGCACUUCAUACCUUCAAAGCAACGAAAGAACACUGGCGAAAUCAAAGGUUGCGAGGCUUACAUUUGCGAAGCUCCGACCAUUUCAAAAAAAUGUCAACGCAAACAAACACCAAAACAUCGAACAUCCGCUUCCUUCCCGAAACUGAAGCGCUCACAAACCUACUACGUUACUGUUUUAUGUCAUUCACAAGCCGGGAAAAGCCCUCACAGUCCAUGGAUCUUGCUUAUCGCUCCAUCUGCGUCGAAAGAAAUUGUACCGGAGAGAAUAGAGAGACAUGGAAGCGGUAUCGAAGUGUUACUUGUUGUUGAUGAUGGACUAAACUUGGAGCUUUCAUGGAGUUUUUCAUUCACAAAUGGUUCCAAUUUCCCUAUAGAAUACGUGAAAUCGGUCGACGUAUAUGCCUAUAAAAAACCCAAAGAUGGGAUGUACGGUUCUCGAAAAGUGAAAUCAACAGGAAGAAAUGACAAAAUUAGACUGGGAUUAUCACCAUCAUUCACUUUUGACACAGGGUGUCACUUUUAUGCUGUAAAUACAACCUUCAUAGACAACAGUAUAUUAUUCUACAGUACUGAAGAAACAUGUUACAGUCAUACUUCUGCGGGCUUCGUUAUCCUUUACAUAGUGAUAACUGUAUUAGUACUGGUAGCUAUAAUUGCGAUCACGACAAGUGCAAGAACGCAAAAAUAUGCAGCCAAUACAGCAUCUGCCAAACCUUCAAAAUCUCAUCCCAGACAGUCAAGUAUGCGCUAUAAAGGUUCGAGGCAACGGACUCCAGGCGCACAUCGACGCUGA